CAUUAUAUAACACUCAAAAAAAAAACGCGAAGAGUUCUUAGAAUAUUAUAUAAAAAAUUGACUUUUUAUGACAUGGCAAGACCUUCACAUAAAUACGGAGUCACGAUGAAUUUCUCGCACUCAAUUAGCACAUGUGCGUGUGCCGUUAAAAAUUAUUGCAACCUAAUUAGCUGAUGGAACGAUUAAUUAAUCUUCGGAAACUGAAUCCAUUGCUGGAGGAUCUCGUAGAAAAUUAAUCGUACUUGUUUCAAGUAUGCGUAUUUACAAUGUGAUAAUAAAAUGUUGUACGAUUGCAUUUUUAGGUUAGCCCGGACCGAAGGCUAACUCGCGAGAUUACUUUUGACAAUUAUUUAUUCACCAAAUUCACAUGUUACAUGUCAGAUCAUAUGUAACAUGACGCUCCUCUGGAAACUAUUGUCUAAUCCCGGUGUCCUGCGAAAAUCAGGAUGUCGCGGUAUCGCUGUAUCGCAGAAAUACUCGUGCCUGAUAAAGCACACUGUCAGGCUAUCAAGGAAAAGUCGUAUGUUCAUCGGAUUGAGGUAUCAGACGGCCAAUACUAUUGGAUCCGACGCUUCAGCGUCCGUCGUACGUUCCGUAAAGCGAAAACGGUCCGAGUUGAAGAAUUUGAUUCUACUAGCCGCGCCUGAAAAAUGGACCCUCAUGAAGGCCAUCGCAUUUUUGCUCGUGUCAUCCAGCGUGACGAUGGCCGUGCCGUUCUGCUUUGGAAAAGUGAUAGACAUCGUCAACACCGCGGAAGAAGCAAACAUGAGAGAGAACCUUAAUCGACUAACGCUCGCUCUGUUCGUAGUAUUUCUCAUAGGUGGUGUGAGCAAUUUCAGCAGAGUUUACCUGAUGUCAACAGCGGGGCACAGAAUCACGCAGUCUCUGAGGAAGCAGGCGUACGCUGCCAUACUUCGGCAGGAAACGGCGAUGUUUGAUAAAGAAAGUACAGGAGAGCUAGUCGGGAGAUUGAGCGGAGACACGCAACUUAUCAGCUCCGCUGUCACGUCCAACGUAUCGGAUGGCUUACGCUCCGCUAUCAUGGCUGUUACAGGAGUAUCCAUGAUGUUUUAUGUAUCACCGACGCUCGCUUUGCUGGGCUUAGCGAUAGUGCCGCCUGUUGUAAUCGUCGCUGUCAUUUGGGGACGCGUUUUGAAGCGAGUCUCCAAGGAUCUGCAGAACAGUCUCGCGGUGCUCAACACAACCGCGGAGGAGAGAAUUAGCAAUAUAAGGACCGUUAAAGCGUUCGCGCAAGAGAGACGCGAGAUUGACAGAUACAGCGCCAAGCUGCAGGAUGUUCUCAGAUUGUGCUACAAGGAGAGCUUGUACAGAGGCAUGUUUUUCGGCAUGACCGGUCUCUCCGGGAACGCCAUCAUACUUUCCGUUCUUUACAACGGGAUAUUCAUGGUUUCGAACUCGGAGAUAACAAUCGGAAGCUUGAGUGCCUUUUUGUUGUACGCGGGAUACGUGGGGAUAUCGCUGAACGGAUUGUCUUCGGCGUACAGUGAGUUGAAUAAAGCUCUGGGCGCGAACGCUCGUCUGUUCGAGUUGAUCGAUCGGCAACCGCUUAUUCCCAUUCAGGACGGGCAAGUUCUGGAAAAGGACUUGUCGGGCAACGUGACGUUCCGAAACGUUUCCUUCGCUUAUCCAACGCGAGAAGCGGUGUCCGUAUUGAAAGAUUUCAACUUGAAUGUAGAAGAGUGCUCCAUGACGGCCGUCGUCGGUUGCUCGGGUUCCGGCAAGUCCACCGUGGCGUCGCUUUUACUGAGACUGUACGAUCCUACGGAGGGGUCGAUCCUCCUGGACGAUCACGAUCUUCGUCUGCUCGAUCCCGCGUGGGUGAAAUCCCAAAUCAGCGUCGUGUCCCAAGAGCCGGUUCUCUUCAGCGGCUCGAUAAGGGAGAACAUAUUGUACGGCGCGGAGUCUGCGACGAGUUCCGACGUGGAAGAGGCCGCGCGAUUGGCGCACGUGCUGGAAUUCACGCGGAAGAUGACGGAUGGAUUGGACACGAUAGUCGGAGAAAGGGGCAUCGCGCUCAGCGGCGGGCAACGCCAGAGAGUCGCCAUCGCCAGGGCGUUGAUAAAGAAGCCAAAAAUUUUAAUACUGGAUGAAGCGACUAGUGCCUUAGACGCGGAAAGCGAACACUUCGUUCAGGAGGCUGUGGAACGUGCCAUACACGGAAGGACGGUGAUAACGAUAGCUCACAGGCUUAGCACGAUCAAGAAUGCCGACAAGAUCGUGGUGCUCGACGGGGGACAAGUGGCGGAGACCGGCACUUACGUCGAGCUGAUGAACUUGAAGCAAGGUCAUUUCAAGAAGUUGGUGAAGCUUCAAACGUUUACGUAGAAUCAUUAAGUAAAUAAUUAUUUAUCGAUUUGUUAUAAUAUAUUCUUUCAUGAUUCACAUCAUGUCGAUGUAUUAUAUGUACAUGUACAUAUGUGUAUAAUUUGUCUGUCAAAUAUCUGAAAAUUCUGUAAUAUUGAUGAACACAAUAUUUAUAGCGUUGUACAUUUAUAGAAUAUGUAACAUAUUUAUAUGUGAAAAUAGUCGCGAGCGACGAGGUACUUGGGCGUAAAUUGUAACACUGCGGCGGCGAUACAACGUUUCUUGGUCGCUCAUUCCCGUUAUUUCCUAUUUGCCUUUAGGAGCAACGUAGAGUCAGGCGCACACAUCACAAAUAAAAGAUGGAUUGACAAUCA